AUGAUCCCUCGUAUCCUUAGACGUUUUGUCACCUUGAUCGCUGCGCUCGGCUUGGUGGCGUGCAUAAGCCUAAGUUGGUCAGGUCGGUUGCCCUUGCGGAGGCCCACAAAGGUGUGCGCCGAGGUCAUCGACGAUCUCUUGGAGUUACUUUGGCAGGGCGAGAUUAAACCCCAUUCAUACAUGUCUUUGGUCCCUGGCCUCGCUCACUUCGCCGGAGCCCUAGAAAUGGCCUCGAUGGUACAGGAUGGUGCGCUGACGACGUAUGGUGGGACGAGUCUUAGUCUUGAAGAUAUGCUAUAUCUUCAUCACGAACUUGGGGAACUUGCCUUCUCUUGGAGAAAAGCCAGAAGCCGGAGGCUUCAUACGCACCGCGUUCUUCUGCAUCAACUGCAGAAGUACCAGGCUGCGGUCGACCUCUCCAGACUCCCUCUCUGGCUCGGACCUCCCACGCCCAGCACGCUAAGCUCCCUGAUCAAUGACGAGGUGCCUCCCUACCUGCUGGCGCUUCAAGAGGUCAUUGCCGUUGGUCUGAGAUUCGGCUCCGUUCUCGAUCACAUUCAAGAACGGUCCCCAAACGUCUUUCCGCGCGCGCGCAACGCGACCGGUGCCCGCUUGGCCUCUUCGCACGACGCCAGACGCUCUAGUGCCGGCAAGAGCACAGCAGCUGUACCAUCCUUGGACAACUGGUGGUCCGACUGUCUAGCUCUUCGCGAGCAACUCCUUUCCUUCAUGAAGAAUCAUCUUCGAGAGGUAUCCGAGUUGCAUCGCAGAUACAAUGCCGGCGACACGCGUUCCUGUGUAGAUUCGCCAUCGUUCAAGACCUCUCUCUAUCAGGAAAUGGAUCGGGCCCUUAUGCUACUGCAGUAUGGGCUACCGGCUACUUUCGAUGCGACGGAGAGAGAGACCAAAGAAAGGGAAGCAAGGGGGAAAGAAGAGACGGAGACAUGGGUCAGCAAUUGCCUCAUCGUACACUCACGUUCGUUCUGA